AGGUGGAGCCUAAGCGCAGCCGAGUGAAGUCGCUUUCCAAGCAGCUGCUCUCUCUCUGCUUCUCUGACUGCUAGGCUAGCUGUAAACAACGCCAAAAGCCGCUGUUACGAGGAGCAACAUUUAAUGAGUGAACACGAGGUUAUUUCUGCGGAAAGAGUCCACUUCAAUCGGAAAAAUCUUUCUUUUUUCCCCUCUAGAUGUCUUCACCUCCCUGCUCAGAUCGUCGGGCAAUGAAUGGGACUGAUGCUGCCUAAAUGAGCUAACCUGUCAUCGGAUCGCUCAGAAAAGACACGUUUUGAUUGAAGUCCCACUGGUUGGCGGAUGUCUCGCUCCCUUCCUCUUCGGGUGGAGCCUGGUUGGAGACAGGAGGUGGGCCCUGUGCAGCUGCUGUGAUGAGGGCUUCAGUGGCCGGGUGCAGGAUGACCCUCGGCACCCUCCUCAACGGGCUGCUGGUGUCUGUGGUCGCCGCCCUGCUUUGGAAAUACUCCAAACUCAGUGAGCAUGCUGCUUUAUUGGAGGAUGAACUCCACAUGACCAGGCAAUCCCAAGAGUUGUCCCAAGCACGAAUAGACUACCAUGUCGCCCUUGAGUCUUUGCAACAACAUGGGACACAGAUGGUUUGUACUGGGAAGAUGCACACAGAUCGCAUAUGCAGGUUUGACUACCUCUGUUACUGCUCGGACGCGGAGGAGUUUGUCUUUUUCCACUCAAAUUCGUCAGUAAUGUUGCCCAAUUUAGGAUCUAGACGCUUUCAACCCGCCUUGUUGGACUUGUCAUCAGUAGAAGAUCACAACACACAAUAUUUUAACUUUUUAGAGCUACCAGUCGCAGCAUUGAAAUUGAUGCCCAAGCCAGUAUUUGUGCCUGAUGUGACUCUUAUCUUAAACCGUUUCAAUCCUGAUAAUUUAAUGCACGUUUUCCAUGAUGACCUUUUGCCUGCUUACUACACCAUGAAGCAGUAUUCGGACCUGGAUGACGAAGCUAGGCUAGUUUUCAUGGAAGGGUGGAGUGAGGGACCACAUUUUGAUUUAUACAGACUUCUUAGCAGCAAGCAGCCUCUAUUGAAAGAACAAUUGAAGAACUUUGGCAAGCUUAUGUGUUUUACAAAAUCGUAUGUUGGCUUGUCAAAAAUGACCACAUGGUACCAAUAUGGUUUUGUGCAGCCGCAAGGACCUAAAGCCAACAUUCUGGUAUCAGGAAAUGAAAUUCGGCAGUUUUCUAAAGCUUUGAUGGACAAAAUGAACAUUUCAAGACCACAAGAAUCUGAUGCUAGCGCUGAAGAUGAUAAGGACAAAAAGGAGGAUUACAUUGUCGUUUUUAGCCGUUCGACAACACGGCUAAUUUUGAAUGAAGCAGAAUUGAUCAUGGCACUUGCACAAGAAUUUCAAAUGCGAGUGGUCACAGUGUCCCUGGAGGACCAGUCUUAUCCUAGCAUAAUUCAAGUCAUAAGUGGGGCUUACAUGUUGGUUAGCAUGCAUGGAGCACAGUUAAUAACAUCACUGUUUUUACCAAGAGGUGCUGUAGUGGUUGAGUUGUUCCCGUUCGCAGUCAAUCCAGAACAAUACACCCCUUACAAGACAUUGGCAUCUUUACCUGGUAUGGACUUGCACUACAUUUCGUGGAGAAACAGCAUUGAAGAAAACACUAUUACACAUCCAGAUAGACCGUGGGAGCAAGGAGGCAUCAGUCACUUGGAAAAAGUUGAACAGGAAAGGAUACAAGCCAGCAAAGAUGUUCCGAGACACUUGUGUUGUCGGAAUCCUGAAUGGCUUUUUCGAAUCUACCAGGACACCUUGGUGGAUAUACCCUCAUUUUUGGACACACUCAAGGAAGGUAUGAAAACAAAACCCAUAUUAAAGAAGUCAAAAACAGCAACUUUGGUACACCCAGGAAGAGUUAGAGAGCCUCAAUGUCAGACUUCGGUUCAAACAUCAAAUGAGGCCAAACUCACAGUCUCUUGGCAAAUACCGUGGAAUUUAAAGUUUUUGAAAGUACGAGAAGUGAAAUAUGAAGUUUGGAUACAAGAGCAGGGAGAAAAUACCUACAUGCCUUACAUCCUUCCACAGCAAAACUAUACCUUUUCAGAAAAUAUCAAACCAUUCACAACUUACCUGGUUUGGGUUCGGUGUAUCUUCAACAAAACUCUACUAGGACCUUUUGCAGAUGUGCUCAUGUGUAGGACCUAGUCUGUAACGUACAACUGGAAACCUCAUUUUUGUUACUUUGUUCAGUGACUUUUCCACAGGGUCUAGACCGUUUCUCAAGAAGGCAAACUUCUUCAAAUAAGGGAAUGACACUACUAGAGUUUAAGCAGAUCUAUUUAUGUGCGAAAUGAAAUUGUUUUUAGUGGUAGACGACACUGAUUCCUAAACUUUUACAGUAUGCAAUGUAGCUUUUUUGUCAAUGGUAAGAAAGAUUUUAAAAUAGAUUUUGUACGUUUUUUGACUUGUGUUUGACUGUUUGAUUGACUGUUGUGGUUAAUUUCAUCAGAGUCCAGCCAAAACCAAAGUACCUUUUUGAGUUCUGCCAAUCAUGUUCCAUGCCAUAUCGCUUUACUUUGGUGUGUAGACCUAUUAUAGACCUAUUAUUAUUGAUAUAUAGUAAUUUAGCUACUCCACCAUACCACCUAAUGACACCAUGCAGUAGAACCUAUUGUCACGACACUAAAAUUCCCAACUAUAUUUUAACACUAAGUAACAGAACUCGGUAUUGAUUUUCAACAUCCUUUGAUCUAGUUUUGAUAAAGCUCAAAAUAAUUCUAAAAUUGUUCAGGAAUGGUUACUUUUUUGUACCUUCUCAGAUGCAUAUACUAGUUUAAGUAAUAGUAAGUGAUAAAUGAUUUGAGAUGCUACCCUAGUAGGAUCACAUGUAUGAAAUAAAUAUGUAUGUACUCAUAUAUUCGUGUGAAUGAAACAAAAAUCUAGGCAUGUUUGGAAGAGAAAUCAUUACAAAACGUCAAAAAUUCUGGAACUUGUCUUGAAUUGGCCCAAAACUGAACACAGUCCCGUCUGUCAGAAAUACACCGUCCCUAGCAUAGACAGUAAAAUCUAAAAUUUGUAAGGGUCACAUUGUGUACUUGUGUCCAUUGUUAGUUCUUUGCUUCCUCGUCCUCCAUUUUACUCAGUUUGUUAUCUACAGCGACACUGCUAAUUAUUGUGUGCUGUGCUUGUCCUGCCCAGUCAAAACAAAUCUGCUUUUCUGCACAAAUUAUUUAUUUAACUUAUUCUAAUUGCCACUAAUUAAAACACUUACAUAAUUAUAAUUUCAUGAAAGGCAAAGAAGCUGAGGCAGUUUCACUUGGCUGUAAUUAGCGUUGCAGAUUUCUGUUCCUACGAGCUUUAGUUGGCUUUCUUUACAUUUGGGUUUUGUGUUAUGGCUGAAUAACAUUUUAAUUAUAUAGUAAACUCAAACAUUGCCUCUCAGCAAAGUUUUACAUUAAGCUUUCCAAAUUGUUCUUUCUUUCCUGUUUUAUUAGCAACACUGGAAUGAAUGUGAGAAUGAAAUGAAGUGACAUUGAAGGUGCAGGUGUUUUCGACUGGUCAAUCCAAAGGCGAAAUUUUUAUUUUGCGGUCUGAUAAUGAACUCUGUAUCUGCAUUUGAAAUAGUUUUUAUUCCAGAUGCUUUUCCUAACACAAUCCUACAUUUAUCCUGCUUUGUGAUAGCGGAGGAUCUGCCUCUAACCCUUUGUGACUAGAACUGUUGAAGCAUAAAUUUUGUUUACGCGGCAGAAAAUCUAUUUAUCAGUCAUUUUGUUUUUGCUGCUCUGUUUUUAACCAUAGCCAUUUUUAAUUGUUGCUUGACAUGCUGUUAUUCUGAAUGCACAUUGAAGAGAUUAUUAUUGUUAUUUUGGUCCAUGUUGAGACUGUGAUGUGACUUAGCUGUGUAUUUGAUGAAUUGUCGGUUAGAUUUUCUGCUGUCAGUCACAUAGAGCAGAUGAACUCUAUGUUUUGAAUGAGAGAAUGUAAGUUUGUGUUUUUUAGUGAGUAGUGAGGAGUUUGCUUUUUCAUUGACUGUGAUUGAAUAAAGAGUAUUUCUUA